UCCCAAAACUCGCUCUAAUCUUCCCAUUUCAGAGAGAGAAAGUCCUAAGAGAGAGAGAAGAUGGGGAUGGAGAGAGACAUCGACGAUCUUCCGAAGAACGCGGCCAACUACACGGCGCUGACGCCACUAUGGUUCCUGGAGAGGGCGGCGACGGUGCAUCCUAGCCGCAAAUCGCUGGUCCACGGCUCGGUGGAGUACACGUGGCACCAGACUUACCAGCGCUGCCGCCGUUUAGCCUCCGCUCUCGCCAAACGCUCCGUCACCUUUGGAAGCACGGUUGCAGUGGUUGCACCAAAUGUUCCUGCCUUAUAUGAAGCCCAUUUUGGAAUUCCAAUGGCUGGUGCUGUUUUGAAUGCCGUCAAUGUUCGUCUAAAUGCAGAAACAAUUGCCUUUUUGUUGGGACAUUCGUUGGCUGCAGUCCUAAUGGUGGACCAAGAGUUUUACAACCUGGCGGAGGAGUCUCUUAGUAUUUUAGCAAACAAAACCAAAGGGAAAUUUCAACCUCCACUUAUGAUUGUUAUUGGCGAUACGAACUGUGAUCCAAAGCCACUUCAAUAUGCUCUAGGGAAAGGCGCAAUUGAGUACGAACAAUUCCUGGAAACCGGUGACCCAGACUUUGCAUGGAAGCCACCUCAAGAUGAAUGGCAUAGCAUUGCUCUAGGCUAUACUUCUGGAACAACUGCCAGUCCCAAAGGAGUCGUGCUUCAUCAUCGAGGAGCUUAUCUUAUGGCCCUUAGUAAUGCUAUUGUAUGGAACAUUAAAGAGGGAGCUGUAUACCUGUGGACUUUACCCAUGUUCCACUGUAAUGGUUGGUGUUUUGCUUGGACCCUUGCUGCAAUUUGCGGGACAAACAUAUGUCUUAGACAGGUAACAGCGAGGGCAGUUUACUCAGCUGUAGCGAGCCUUGGCGUGACACAUUUCUGCGCUGCCCCAGUGGUACUUAAUACUAUUGUAAAUGCCCCGAAAGAGGACACCAUCCUUCCUCUACCUCGUCUUGUGCACGUAAUGACAGCUGGUGCUGCUCCCCCGCCUUCUGUUCUUUCUGCAAUGUCCCAGCGUGGCUUUCGUGUUGCACACACGUAUGGCCUCUCUGAAACGUACGGGCCCUCCACUAUAUGUGCAUGGAAGCCCGAGUGGGAUUUACUCCCCCCAGAAACCCAAGCGCGUCUUAAUGCACGCCAAGGUGUCCGGUAUAUAGGCUUGGAGCACCUCGAUGUCGUCAGCACCCAAGAUAUGAAGCCCGUCCCUGCAGAUGGAAAGACAAUUGGAGAAAUCGUGUUCAGAGGCAACGUGGUGAUGAAGGGCUACCUGAAGAAUCCUAAGGCCAACGAGGAGACUUUUGCAGGCGGGUGGUAUCACUCUGGUGAUCUUGCUGUAAAGCAUCCAGAUGGCUAUAUAGAGAUCAAAGACAGGUCAAAAGACAUCAUCAUUUCUGGGGGCGAAAACAUUAGCAGCGUCGAGGUUGAAAACAUCCUAUACCAGCACCCAGCAAUACUGGAAGUAUCUGUAGUAGCAAGACCCGACGAGCAGUGGGGGGAAUCUCCUUGCGCGUUUGUGACACCAAAGCCUGAUGUAAAAGAUUCUGAUCGAGAACGCUUGGCAGGAGAUAUUAUAAGUUUCAGUCGAUCUAAGAUGCCAAAGUAUUGGGUUCCAAAAUCAGUGAUUUUCGGGCCAUUGCCGAAAACUGCAACUGGAAAAAUACAGAAGCACUUGUUGAGGGCAAAGGCAAAGGAGAUGGGACCUAUAAAAAAGAGUAAGCUAUGAUCUUAAGAUUCUUUGCAAAACAUGUCCUUGUUGCACAUGUACUGGAACCAAAUGUAAUCUCAACUUCUUGUUGCAUAAAAUAAGGUUUUAUUUAAAGCUUUAGCUCUGUUGUAUCAUGUAUGCUACUAUUGUUGAGACAAAGAUACAUUGGAAAUCUAGAAAAUGAUUUAUGUAAAUCAUUUCUGGGUUUCCAGUAUUUGGCAAGACUUGAAAA